GGGAGAGCGAGGGAGGGGCCGUGACGUCACUAGGCCGCGCGUCAGCCUUCCCCUCACCCAGCGCCGCGCAAGCGCAGUGACAGGUUUCCCGGCGGGGACGCGCGUAGCCCUGUCGCACACACAGUGACUCGGUGUCGGAGCUGCGGUGUCCGGGACUAGUGACGGUGUGGGGCGCAGGGUGAGGAGAGGCCGCGGGGUUUGUUUCCUUGCUGCCCCUGCCUCAUACUUAUCUCCGUCACCUUUUGUUGUUAUUGCCCUCCCCGGGGGAACCGGGUCCUUUCCCAGUCCCUCCCCAUUGCUCCCCUCCCCCAGUGUCAUCAGCACCAGCCGAGGAUGCGGCCCGAGCCCGAGGAGGAUGAGUGCGGGCCCCUUCCCUAGGAUGUCAUCCGAGCACAAGAGCCUAGAGUCCGCCUGUGAGACGCCCGGGCCACAGGGCCCCUCCAGCCCCGCAGCCACGGACAAAAGACCCCGGGGCCGCCCGAGAAAGGAUGGUUCCUCCCCCCUGCAGAGGGCCCGGAAGAAGCCUCGGAGUAGAGGAAAAGCUGCUUUGGAGGAUGAAGAUAGCAUGGAUGGGCUUGAGGGAGCAGAACCUGAAAACUCUGCAGACACAGAUAUUAAAGAACAAGCUGUGGAGGAGGGAGCAGCGAGUGAAGCAGCCGGCAUUGCACAACUAACACCCACCCUGCAACAUUCCUUAUUGGAGGAGUCCCAGAGUUCCACUGCCUCCGUCGGAGUUGAAGCCAAAACCAGUGAACAACUUUGCGCCUUUUGUUAUUGUGGAGAAAGAAGUCUCUUGGGUCAGGGAGAACUGAAGCUGUUAAGGCCAACGCCAGGCUUUACUCUGCCAUGGAAAACCCAUUCAGAGACAACGGACACUGGAAGCAAUGAUGAGACGUGCAAAAACAGCGGAAGGACAGAGAUACAAAGAGGGCCAAGAAAAGCAAAGUCUUCACAAGAAGAUGUUGGCGCGUGUACAAAUGCCAGUACCCAGACCUCAUCUGACGAACCAACCGGCAAAUUCUCGGAUGAACUGUGUCAAGUUGGUCUGCCCGAGGAUUUCCAUAUUCAAGCCUUAUUUGAGCCCUCGGGUCACUGCUGGGCUCACCUCCGCUGUGCACAAUGGUCACCGGGCGUACACCAGACUGAAGAGCAAGAGCUGCUCAAUGUGGACAAAGCCGUUGUCUCAGGGAGCACAGAACGCUGUGCAUACUGUAAGCACCUUGGCGCUACUAUAAAAUGCUGUGAAGAGACUUGUCCGCAGACCUACCAUUACCCUUGUGCGGCCGGCGCGGGCACAUUUCAGGAUCUUCGUUGCUUAACACUUUUGUGUCCAGAGCAUAUCGACCAGGCCCUUGAGAGAUCUAAGGAUGAUGCAAACUGUGCGUUGUGCGACAGCUCUGGAGACCUGUUGGACCAGCUCUUCUGUACAACUUGUGGCCAGCAUUACCACGGCAUGUGUCUGGAUAUUACAGUGACGCCGCUGAAGAGAGCAGGUUGGCAGUGCCCAGACUGUAAGAUCUGCCAAAACUGCAAGCACUCUGGGGAUGAUAACCAGAUGCUUGUAUGUGACACGUGUGAUAAAGGAUACCAUACGUUUUGUCUGCAGCCUGUAAUGGACUCGGUUCCUACGAAUGGCUGGAAAUGUAAGAACUGUAGAAUAUGCGCAGAGUGUGGGACACGGACAAGCUGCCUGUGGCACCUGAACUGUAUGAUCUGUGACUCCUGUUUCCAGCAGCAACUCGGCUUGCCCUGCCCAAUCUGUGACAAACCCUUACUGCCCGACCUUCAGAAAGACUUGCUGCAUUGCCAUGUGUGCAAAAGGUGGAUCCAUCUAGACUGUGAAAAAUGUACAGAAAAUGAUAUGGAUGAUCAGUUAAAAGAAGACUACGUGUGCACUUUGUGUAAACAACUGGACGAGGAAGGCGAGCCCGGCGAUCACUGCGUUGGAAUGGAGUUGAGCGAAUCAAACAACGUUUGCACAGGAGAAAUGGAGAUGGAUACAGGUAGAAACACAUCAUUUCAAGAUAAAGCACUUAAUCACAUUACUCCCGAUUCAACAACUCUUUGCGUCACUGAAGAGACACCGCUGCACAAUGAAAAAGCAAAAUUGGAAAAUGAUUUUUCCCACUCAGACGACCCAGAAGAAAUGGAAACCUCUCAUGCUGAGAUUGAAACUGCGAUGCCAGAAGGGGUCACGGAGGAGGCUGAACGGGAAAGACAAUUGCUACUGCAGUCUGCGUCUCUGCACGAUGGGCCAGCGUCUCUUCUGCCGCAGGAGAUGGAGACUUCUCUAAAGGAUAAAAUGAAACUGCAAGCAGUAUCAGAGACCCUGGAAGUUUUUCAUACAUCUCCCACGUCUGAGAGCAAGGUGGAUACUUGUUCCAAGGUGGAUGAGCACGUUGAUUCAACUGGGGGUCAUGAAGAUAUUGCAAAAGAGAACGACAAUCCUCUUGUUUCUGAAACCUCUCAUGUGGUGGAAACGGAGGCCACCCCUACUAGUGAACCGUCAACAGAAGCCGGGUCACCAUUCAUCGACAAAGCUUUAAAAUCACCCACAGGCAUGGACUCUCCCGUCACAUCUGUUGAUACGAGUAAGACCAGCGUGUCCUCCUCACCCGCAGUUUCCAUAGACUUUAAUCCUUCUCAUGACCCCUUUCAGAGUCAAACUCCCGUCAGUUUCCAUAACACAAGGAAUGCCUUUUCAGCCACAUUUAUCUCUGUGGCUCCAAAAAUCGGCAUGGGUAAGCCAGCUAUCACCAAAAGGAAGUUUUCUCCAGGAAGACCCAGAUCACGACCGGGGGCUUGGAAUACCCAUAAUACAGUGAGCCCACCUUCCUGGUCCCCCGAUGGCUCAGAAGGUUGGGACAUUUUAAAAAGCAGACAGCUUCUCGGCAAUCCAUAUUGGAGCAUCAAAGUGGGCCGAGGCUCAGGAUUUCCUAAGAGAAGACCCCGUGGUUCCGGAUUCUCAGGGCGCGGUGGACGAGGCCGGGCAAAAUUAAAAGCUCCCAUGAACAACUUCAUAUUUCCAGGGAUCACCACAUUUGAUGUGUCAUCAUACAAAGAGGAGGAGGAAACCUCAAUGCACAAUACAGUUGUUUUAUUUUCCAGAAGUGACAAGUUCACCUUAAAUCAGGAUAUGUGUCUUGUAUGUGGAAGUUUCGGCCAAGGGGCAGAAGGAAGGUUACUCGCUUGCUCCCAGUGUGGACAGUGUUACCAUCCCUACUGUGUCAGUAUUAAGAUAACUAAAGUGAUCCUGUGCAAAGGCUGGAGAUGCCUGGAGUGCACAGUGUGUGAAGCUUGUGGGAAAGCGACUGAUCCUGGACGGCUGCUCCUCUGUGACGACUGUGAUAUUAGUUACCAUACCUUCUGCCUGGAUCCUCCUCUACAGACCGUCCCCAAGGGAGGCUGGAAGUGCAAAUGGUGUGUUUCCUGCACAAACUGCAAAGCAAUAACUCCAGGAUUAAGGUGUGAAUGGCAGAACAAUUACACACAGUGUGCUCCUUGCUCCAGCCUGUCCACCUGUCCCGUCUGCUGCCAGAACUACAUCGAGGAGGAGCUUAUCCUUCAAUGCAGACAGUGCAGUCGGUGGUCUCAUGCCAGCUGUCAGAACCUUAACACAGAGGCAGAGGUUGAAUUGGCUGCAGACAGCGGCUUUGACUGUGUGGCGUGUAAACCCUACGUAAUUACACACGAAGACAUUGAGCCAACAAUUGAUGCUCACAUUGUUCCAAAAACAAGAGACUCCGAUCUGCUGAAAACCUUCACACAGGACGGGGUCUGUCUGACAGAAUCAGGGCUCUCCCAGUUACAGAGCUUAACAAUCACAGUCCAGCGAAAGAAGAGGUCCAAACCAAAGCUGAAGUUAAAAAUAAUUAAUCAAAACAGUGUGGCCGUACUGCAGACACCACCCUAUCCCCAGUUGGAGCACUCCAGAGAUGGAGAAAUGGACGAUAGCAGAGAAGUGGACCUUAUGGACUGUGAUGUGAAGUCAGACUCCAGCCCUGAACGGGAGCCUAUAGACGAUGACUCUAAGGGGACAGAAGCGAUGGACGGAUUGAAAAAACGCAAGAGAAAGCCAUACAGACCAGGUAUCGGUGGAUUUAUGGUUCGCCAAAGAAGCCGAACUGGUCAAGGAAAAUCCCGACGGUCGCUUUCCAGGAAAGAUUCUUCUGGUUCUGUGUCUGAGCUCCUUCCUGGUAAAGAUGAAAGCUGGAAUGAACAGCUGCCAGAAACACCAGUAGAUGAUUGUAUUCCUGGCUCUGACGGCACAGAGAAAGUAAAGAAGCGCUACCGGAAAAAGAAAAACAAACUGGAAGAAACGUUCCCUGCAUAUUUACAGGAAGCGUUUUUUGGCCGAAAUCUGUUGGAUACAAGCAGGCAAAGCAAGGCAAGCGCCGACAAUCUGGCUGAAGAUACGUCAAACAUUUUGUACAAGGCAAACGUCAAUACAAGCUUCCUGGAUCCUUCUUCAGAUCCAAUGUUCAGUUCUGCAGCAACUUUAACUCCAUCUAAGCAUUCUGAAGGUGGCUCGCGAGAUCCCCUUGCUGAUCUGUCUGAGGUUUUAAACACAGAGGAUGAUAUUUUUGGGAUUCUUACGGAUGACCUUGCGAAGUCCACAAAUACAACUGGUAUGUCCUCAAAAGGUCUUGAUUUAUGCACUUUCCAGGUGGAAAAUUCACCCUCUCCUUUUGCUGGGCUUGAUAUUGGUUCUAUGUCAGAUGAUUCUACGGCUCUGCCCCAUUCCAGUAUCGCACACACCUCCCGCCCUUUAAGUGAGGAUCAACUGGAUGGGAUCCUGAGCCCUGAGCUUGACAAGAUGGUUACAGAUGGUGCAAUUUUGGGGAAAAUGUAUAAAAUUCCAGAGCUUGAAGGAAAAGAUGUUGAAGAUUUAUUUACAGCUGUGCUGAGUCCUCUAGCCACCCAUCCGCCAUCUUUGCCACAACCGCCACCACCUUCAGCUCAUCCUCAUCCUCCACAUACACAGCUCUUGCCUUUGCACAACCAGGGAAAUGGCUUUUUUCCAAGAAUGCCUAUGGUCAAUGGACUGAUGCUGCCAAAUUCUCAUCUCCAGCACAACCCUUUGGCUCCAGGAGCUGGACUAGGCACUUUCUCCCCUUUAGCACAUCCACCAUAUACGGACAGCAGGGAAAAGACCCCAUUGUUCCGUAGCAUGGGAAAUGACCCCGCCAGUGUCUGGCCUACUCAAUCUCCUGGCUUGGAGGUCGAAGGCGAUACAAUGUCCAACGCACAGCGGAGCACGCUGAAAUGGGAGAAGGAAGAAGCACUUGGCGAGAUGGCAACUGUUGCACCCGUUUUGUACACAAACGUCAACUUUCCGAAUCUUAAAGAUGAGUUUCCCGACUGGACUACUAGAGUAAAACAGAUUGCUAAACUAUGGAGGAAAGCCAGCUCCCAAGAAAGAGCCCCAUAUGUGCAAAAGGCCAGAGAUAACCGGGCCGCGCUGCGCAUUAACAAAGUGCAAAUGUCAAAUGAUUCCUUGAAAAGACAGCAGCAGCAGCAGCAGCAGCCGCCGCAUGAGAUUAUGGAGAACAGUACAAUAGACUCGGAUCUUUUCAGAGAUCCCCUGAAACAACGGGAGUCUGAGCAUGAGCAGGAGUGGAAAUUCAGACAGCAAAUGCGUCAGAAAAGUAAACAGCAGGCUAAAAUUGAAGCCACGCAAAAACUUGAGCAGGUUAAGAGUGAACAACAGCAGCAGCAAUUUGGAUGCCAGCAUCAUCUGAGCCAGUCUGGCAGCGAUACACCGAAUAGUGGCAUACAGAGCCCUCUGACACCACAACCGGGCAGUGAAAGCAUGUCACCUAUUCAGCAGAACUUUAAUACAGAUAUUUUCCCCAAACAGCCAUUGCCUGGAACCCCAACAUCAUUUUCAGAUGAUGUUUUUCUUAAACCACAAGCGCCUCCUCCAACCCCAACAAGAAUCGCUCUACAGGAAUCCCUUCAGUUGUCCUCUCAGCCACCAUCUCCACAGAUGUUUUCUCCUGGUUCUUCAUACUCGAGACCUGCAUCUCCUGUUGAUCCAUAUGCUAAAAUGGUUGGGACACCAAGACCCCCUCCGACAGGUCAGACAUUUCACAGACGGAACUCUAGGUCACCUGUGGAUGUUUGUCCUGCCAGAACAAACUUGGGGUGUGAGUCUAAUGACAAUAGACCAUCUCCUGUUAGAGACUCUUGUUCAUCUCCUGUCAGCAGUGAUCCAUCUCUAAAGGUACCUCAUUCUCAGCGAUCAUUGAUGUUCUCAGAACCACUUUCCAAAGUGACAGGAUCAGUAAGGUUGCCCCUCAAUGUCGACCAGGCAGGAGAAAGUUCUUUGAUGCCUGGAAGCAAUGAUUCUUUUUCAAAACUUCCUUCUACGUCAGAUAUAUUUCAGAGGCAGCAAAUGGCACAUUCUAAAAUUGUUGAUCAGUAUAAAAGACCGCCUUUAACCCCAACUACAGGCAUUGCUGAUGGCAGUUCAGCUCCGUUUAAAACUCCCAUGCGGCCACCUCAGUCCCCACAUGAAUCUUACAGUUCAUUGCCCACCACUCCUAGACGUCUAUCAGUAGAUCCAUAUGAAAGGCCUCCCUUGACACCUAGGCCAACUGAAAAUUUCUCACAUGAUCCUUAUAACCAGUCAGUCCUAAGCAGUCAUCCUGCAUUAAAUGAACCAUUUGUGCAUCCACAUCGGAUUAUGAGACCGCAUAAUGACACCAUUUCACAAUCCAGUAAUAUGACAAGACCAAAUACACAGGACCCAUAUGCUCAGCAACCAGGAACCCCACACCCUGUAACAAAUCUCUAUUUGCAAUCUCCUACUGCUUCAAGAUCUUCAGUCAUUGAGCAUUACAUUCAGCAGCCACCCAGACCACUUGGACAAUCAGCUGACCCCUACAGCCAGCCACCUGGUACACCAAGACCAAAUAUGGGAGAUAUGUUUGUUCCGCCUACUCUGAGUAAGAGACACCAUGAUCCAUUUUCACCUGGAAAUUCAAGGCAAGUUGUGGAUCCAUACUCUCAGCAGCCGGGAACUCCAAGGCCUGUCUCGGUAGAUCCAUAUUCCCAACCUCCUGGAACUCCAAGGCCUGUCUCUGUAGAUCCAUAUUCCCAACCUCCUGGAACUCCAAGGCCUGUCUCUGUAGAUCCAUAUUCCCAACCUCCUAGAACUCCAAGGCCUGUCUCUGUAGAUCCGUAUUCUCAGCCUCCUGGAACUCCAAGGCCUGUCUCUGUAGAUCCGUAUUUCCAGCCUCCUGGAACUCCAAGGCCUGUCUCUGUAGAUCCGUAUUCCCAGCCUCCUGGAACUCCAAGGCCUUUCCCGUCUGAUCCAUAUUCUCAUCCUCCCAGAACUCCAAGGCCAGUCCCUGCUGAUCCAUAUUCUCAACCUCCUGGAACUCCAAGGCCAGUCCCUGCUGAUCCAUAUUCUCAACCUCCUGGAACUCCAAGGCCAGUUCCUGCUGAUCCAUAUUCUCAGCCUCCUGGAACUCCAAGGCCAGUCACUUCUGAUCCAUAUUCUCAACCCCCUGGAACACCACGCCCUGUCACAUCAGAUCCAUAUUCUCAGCCUCCAGGCACGCCAAGGCCUGCUCCUUCAGAUUCAUAUACUCAGCCUCCUGGAACACCAAGGUCUGUUAUUUCAGACCCUUAUUCUCAACCUCCUAGAACACCUAAACCUGUCCUCUGUGAUCCUUACACGCAGCCACCACGAACUCCAAUGCCAGGUAUCCUAGAGAAUUGUUCUCCUGCCAUAAGAGGAGGAUUGCUCACAAAUCAGGAACAUUUCAUGCAGACAGCACACAGUCGUGGAUCAUCUAUGCAUGUCCCUUUCAUGAGACCAUCAAACCAAAACCCACGACCCACAGGUCCAGGUUCUUCUGAUAUGUUUGGCCAUUCUUCAGCUGGACCAUCUCAUGAUCCCUAUGAUCAGCCUUCUAUGACUCCUCGAGUGCAGACUGGAGAUGAUUUUGGUGAUACCACAGAGAUUGUUGAUCCUCAAAGACCCAUAAUAGAGGAAGCUUUUGCUGUGCCUCCAGGAACUGCUGCCAACCCUCAACUUCAACCAUUUCCUAAUAUGCAGCAAGGUUUGGCAUCUGUAAUCCCAGAUGCACAGAACGCCAUGUCCUUGAUGCAAGCAGAAUCAGAAGAGAAAUUUAGACAGCGUCAGAAGCUACGAGAGCUUAUUCUGAGGCAGCAGCAAAACAAAAAUUCAGUGCGGCAGGAGAAGGCAUUGCUGGAUCCACUGCAGAUAUCCCAAGGUGGUCAUCCUGCUCAUUGGCAACAAGAAAAUCCUCCUCCUCAAAAUGAAGUUUUUAACAGGCCUCCACCUCCUUACCCAGGGAGUUUAAGGGUUCAGUUUGGUCCAAAGGGAAGCCCAAGAUUUCCUGUAUUCACAAAAGAUCAGCGUGGGCCAUUUCCUGGCAAUGCACAGUUUAACAGGCCGACAUUUUCAGGGGAUAUUUCAAGCAUGAGAAUGAGGCCUCCUCAAGGCAACAGAUUUGCUUUCCCGAUGGUUGGCCCUGGUUCUGUUUUAGGUCAUGAGCGCUUUGGAGGAAAUCCCUUACAAAUGCAGGUGUCUGGCAUGCAGCCACAAAUGAGAAGGGAAAUGUCCAUUGAAUUGACCAGACCUGUAAGCUCACCAAUGAGCAAUGCUGCUGGUCUCCCUCUGCAUUUUCCUCACCAAGGGAUGCAGCAGCAUAAUAUAUCAGGCCAAGCAUACAUUGAACUUCGACAUAGACCUCCAGAUGGUAGACCAAGAAUUCUUUUUGCACCUCCAAACAUGAUGGAUGGCUCCCAAAAUAUAAGACAUGGAGGCUUUUUCCCAAGGCCAGAUUGCCAUGGUCAGAGGUUAAUGGAGCCAUCUCGAGUUCCUCAUCCAGGUCUUCCCAAUCCAAUGCAUAUUCCACCCGAUCUGGAUCAAUUAAUACCUGCUUCGCAACAAGGACACCUACAUUUAGAACAUCAGCCUGUCCUUGUAAUGGGAGGGAUGGAGCAUCCUUCAGAUACUGAAACCUUCUUGCAAUCUUCUUUACCUCCAAUGAGUUUAAAUGAGGAAGCUGAUAACCUGCCCAUUGAUAGUCAUGCUAACAGUGGUUUAGAAGUAAAACUCGAUCCUGACGAUCCAUCUGAAAAAGACUUGGAUGUGAAAGAUUUGGUUGGGGUCGAAGUUAAAGACUUAGACGACGAUGACUUGGAAAAUAUAAAUUUAGAUCCUGAUGAUGCAAAGGGGGAUGAAUUAGAUGCUCUAGAUAACCUGGAAACAAACGACGAUCCUCAACUCGAUGACCUGUUAAAAUCAGGGAAAUUUGAUAUUAUUGCUUACACGGACCCAGAGCUUGACCUUGGAGAUAAGAAAGACUUGUUUAAUGAGGACUUGGACCUUGGCGUGCCAAUUGAUGAUAAGCUGGAGCUCCCAAGCAAGAAUGAUGAAAUCACCACAGAACAACAUGGUAGUCAGUCUAUGUCCCCUAAUGUAUUAUCUGCUCCACAGGCUAGCAGUGUUGCCCUAGAAAUAAAAAGAGAACCUACAUCAUCAAAUUCAAAUGACGUUAAGCGUGAACUUGGUGUGGAGGCCGGAACGCAACAGCACGAUGAAGAUUCUGCUUCUGUACCCUCAUGCAGUAGUGAGCACUCGGGAAAAGGAGAAAAUCCAAAUAUGUCUGAAGAUUCAAUAGCACUGCCUGAACAAGAUAUCAGUAGCUCAGGUAACCUACCAGAAUCUACGCCAGUGCUUGCUAACUUAUCAACUGAAAAAUCUGGCAGUGCUGAAGGAGAAAGUUUAGAUGGUCCUCCCGUAACUGUGGUAACAACUCAACCAAACCCAUUGUCAUGUAUUCCUCAAGAUGUAAGACCACCUGAACAGCUAUUAGAACACUCUUUGAAUUCACCUAUGGCACCAAGACUUAACCAUGGGUUUCCACAAGGGUCUCCAUCUAAUUCGCCCUUUCCUUCAGCAAUGCCAAGUGGCCAUAAUUUUGUCACCGGGGAUAACCAAGAUCAAACCGUGCCCCUUCCAAAUCAACCAAGUGCUACCGGCUUGCCAGGUGCCCAGCAAUUAAUGCUUCUGCAAAACCGCGAUAGACCCCUUCUUUUGGAAGAACAGCCUCUUUUACUGCAGGACCUGCUUGAUCAGGAGAGACAGGAACAGCAGCAGCAAAAGCAGAUGCAAGCAAUGAUCCGGCAACGUUCAGAGCCAUUCUUUCCAAACAUAGAUUUUGAUGCAAUCACUGAUCCUAUAAUGAAAGCAAAAAUGGUUGCGCUCAAAGGCAUAAAUAAAGUUAUGGCACAAAACAAUCUUGGGAUCCCACCAAUGGUGAUGAACAGAUUUCCGUUUAUGGCACAACAAAUGUCUGGCGCACAACCUCCUGAUAGCCAGAGUAUUGUCCAGCAAGCAAUUACUCAGGAUGGAAACCUUGCUCCGCAAAUGAUGAGGCCCGAUCCACCAAACUUCGACACAGGCUUUGUCAAGGAGUCUCAGACAAAGAAUUAUGAAGAAUGGCUGCAAGAGACCCAGCAGCUCCUCCAGAUCCAGCAGAAGUUUUUAGAAGAACAGAUUGGAGCUCACCGAAAAUCCAAGAAGGCUCUUUCAGCCAAACAGAGGGCAGCAAAAAGGACUGGUCGUGAGUUCCCUGAAGAGGAUGCUGAGCAGCUAAAACAAGUUACUGAGCAGCAGAGUAUGGUGCAGAAACGACUAGAACAGAUACGAAAGCAGCAGAAAGAACACACUGAACUUAUUGAAGAAUAUAAAAAUACACAGCAUCAGCAAUUUUCAACUACCCCGAUUAUUCCUGGGAGCCCACACCCCCCGCCUGUGAUGCCUGGAGGAGCUCCACCACCUGUCAAUCCGCAGAAUUUCCCUAUGGGCCAGACACUACAUCCCCAGGCACCUGUGAUACUUGGGCAAGCCAAUCCACCGAGAAUGCCAACCUUACCAGGAUGGCAACCUCCCAAUGCUCCUCAAGCUCUUGUCCAACCUAAUGCUCCCCGGAUGCAGCGCCCCGUGAAUGCCGACGUGGCAAAUUCUAAUCCCAAUGCUCCACCCAAGGUGGAAUUUGAUGACAACAACCCUUUUAGCGAAACCUUUCAGGAGAGGGAGCGCAAGGAGCGUCUGCGGGAGCAACAGGAGCGCCAGCGUAUUCAGCUUAUGCAGGAGGUGGAUCGGCAAAGAGUUCUGCAGCAGAGGCUUGAAAUGGAGCAGCAGGGCAUGAUUGGUCCUGACCUAAAUAAUGGCUCUUUGUCUCAGAUGCCUUUUUUCAGUUCUGAAUUGCCCAGUGAUUUCAUGCAGCCAACACAGCAGCCAACACAAACUGCUCAUACCAUGCCUCAGCAAAACGUACAGCAGGGGCUUGUCAAUUCUCCCCCAGCUGCCCCCUUUAUCCAGACUGCUGAGAGAAGUCCAAUGGGAUUGUCUCCUUUUGGGCAAGGGGCGCAGCCCAGCUCAGCAGUCCCAAAUGUACAGUCCGUUCAACAGUCUCCUGGCAGUAUUCUUUCUUCUGGCCAUACAAAGCAGCCUCCGUUUGCACCAAGAUUUUCCUCUGCAUCUCCAGUAGCUGAUAAUGGUCAUUCCUCUGAGCAUGACAACAUGACUGCCACUAACAACUCAAGCCACCAAGGACCAGGUCAGUCCCUUAUCCAGUUAUAUUCAGGGAUCAUUCCUGAGGAGAAAGGGAAAAAGAAACGACAGAGGAAGAAGAAGAAGAAGGAUGAUGAGACUGAGUCUAUAAAGUCCCCUUCCACUCCCCGCUCCGAUAUGACGGCUCCUCUCACACCAAGUAUUUCAGAAGCAUCCACACCAACAGUGACCAAUCAGAAUGAUCAUGCUGAUUUCAUUCGCUCAUCGACUCCAAAUGCGGCUGGUAACACCGCUAUGGAAUUGGAAGAUCCCCUCGUUUCCAGUCAUGUGAAACAAAGACUAUUUCAGGAGCCUAACCCUGAACGUAUCGCUGGGCCCCAUCACACAAAAGAGGCUCUCAAAAUCCGUGACAUUAAAUUGGAACGGGCCGAUGAUGACCAGGCUGCCGAAGCCGCCGAGGAGGGGAGAAUGGAGGAAAAUAAAGCCACAUCGCACAAUGCACUUUCAAUGGAUGUAACUUCUCAGCCAGCAAGUGGCCCCUCAGGAAAACUGGAAUCUUCAAAUGAAUUGCUCAAGCACUUGCUGAAAAAUAAAAAGGAACCUCUCAUGUUGCACCAGAAAUCCGAGGAAAGCCUAAGGUCAGAAGAGGACUGCACCUUCGAUGUUAAGCUGCCGGACACACAGAGCCAUAUAAACUCUCUGCAAAUGCUGGAGAAUAAAGAACCCGGCUGUUUCAACUUCAACCCAAGCUUGUUCCAAAAAACAGAAUUUGAGAUGGAAAAAAAGAAACCGAGGAACAAACGAGUACAAAAAUCGGCAGAGAAAGCCACCCCGCGCUCAAAAAAGAGGAAAAAGGAUGAAGAGCAGAAGCCAACUAUUUAUGCCAACAGAGAGAUGUUUACCCAGAUAAAGCAGCAGCUGUCCCUUCUUCCGUUAAUUGAGCCCAUCGUAGGAAUGAACAUUGCACAAUUUGUUCCCUAUGGGACUGGAUCUGUUGGCACAGGGAGCCGUCUCCUUGGUACCUUUGGCAGUGCUUCGCUAGAAGGGGUGUCAGACUAUUAUUCCCAGUUAAUAUUCAAGCAGAAUAAUCUGAGUAAUCCGCCAACGCCACCAGCAUCCCUUCCGCCCACUCCUCCACCGGUGUCCUGUCAGAAGCUGGUGAAUGGAUUUGCCUCGACUGAAGAGCUGGCAGGGAAGGCAGCGAUAUUAGGAGGUCAUGUUACUAAAGCCCUGGGACCAAAACAAUUCCAUCUGCCUUUCAGGACGCAGGAGGAUUUGAUAGCAAGAGCCAUGACUCAGGGACCGAAAUCUGUGGACGUCCCUGCAUCUCUACCCACCCCGCCCCAUAAUAAUCAGGAGGAGUUAAGGGCUCAGGAUCACUGUGAUGCCAGGGAUAGCCCUGACAGUUUUGUGCCCUCGUCAUCACCAGAGAGUGUGGUUGGAAUAGAAAUCAGCAGGUACCCGGACCUGUCACUUGUGAAAGAAGAGCCGCCCGACCCUGCGCUGUCUCCGAUCAUCCCCAUCCUUCCUAGCAGCACGGGUAAAGGUUCUGAGCUUCGGGAUUGUGUAUUUAAGACUGAACCCCCAUCCCAAACAAUGUUCUUCGGACCACAGUUUGUUCAGGCGUCCAAUGGCCCGAAAGCAGGCCUGAUCUCCGUGGCCAUCACUUUACAUCCCAGAGCAGCUGAGAACAUUAGUGGCGUUGUUGCUGCCUUUGCGGAUCUUCUGCAAGUCCAGAUUCCUACCAGCUACGAAGUGAGCAAUGCGCGUGAGCCUGGCUCUGUCAUCUUGAUGAAUGGGCACAGACUGAACCCCAAUAUGGAGUACAGGCACCCGUUUUUCCGGCAACGGCCAAGACCAGGACUCAUGCCCCAAGGAAGGCUGAUUGGGCCCUAUGGACUAAGACCGCAAAACCUGCCGUUUCUUUCAUGUGAUAACGGGUUCAGACAUCACAAUCCAAAUACAGAAUCAUCUCCUGUGCUGAGACCUUCCUGGUGUUGUCACUGCAAAGUGGUCGUUUUAGGAAACGGCGUUAGAAAAUCCCUGAAAGAUCUGAGUUUUGUUAAGCAGGAGUAUCUGCAGAGCCCAGAAAAAAUGGAUGGGAACCUGGUGUUCUGUAGUAACAAUUGCUUCUUGCUGUAUUCGGCCGCCCAAUCAAAACCCACAGAGACCAAGCACCCGGAUCCAUCCUUCUCGCCACCAUCUGUAAAGGAAGCACAACCAAAAUCAUGCCAUCAGUACAACACCAACACUUCCACCCUCGAUGUUCAUUGCCUUCCUUUGCUGCAGGAAAAGAGCUCGUCGCCCUCCUCACCUCCCAUAUCUUUCCCUCCGGCCGCUUUCGAGGCUGCGAAAGUUGAGGCGAAGCCAGAAGAACUGAAAGUUACUGUGAAGUUAAAGCCCCGGCCCAGAGCAGUUCACGGCGCCCUUGAUGAUUGCCGUCCAGCCAGCAAGAAGUGGAGAGGAAUGAAGUGGAAGAAAUGGAGGGUCCAGAUGAUUAUCCCCAAGAUGCCUUUUAAGCCUCAGUGUGAGAAUGAGUUGGAUGAAAUGUUCAGCAGAUUGGGAACCUCCCUGAAACCCCACCCUCUGUGCAAAGACUGCAGGAAAUGCUGUUUUUGUCAUGAAGAAGGUGACGGAUUAACGGACGGCUCGGCACGGCUCCUCAAUCUGGACCUGGACCUUUGGGUCCAUUUGAACUGCGCCCUUUGGUCUACAGAGGUCUACGAAACGCUGGCGGGUGCCUUAAUUAACGUGGAACUGGCAUUGCGACGCGGUUUGCAGAUGAAGUGCGUGUUCUGUCACAAGACCGGAGCCACCAGCAGUUGUCACAGGUUACGGUGCACCAAUGUUUAUCACUUCACCUGCGCAAUGAAAGCACAAUGCAUGUUUUUUAAAGAUAAGACUAUGCUUUGCACCAUGCACAAGCCAAAAGGAAUCCACGAGCAGGAGCUCACCUACUUUGCCGUCUUUCGGAGGGUUUACGUACAGCGGGACGAAGUCCGACAGAUAGCGAGUAUAGUCCAGAGAGGGGAGCGAGACCACACUUUCCGAGUUGGAAGUCUCAUCUUCCACACCAUUGGACAGCUGCUGCCUCAGCAAAUGCACAACUUCCAUUCUGCCACAGCGCUCUUCCCCAUCGGGUAUGAAGCCAGCCGGCUGUACUGGAGCUGUCGCUAUGCCAACAGGAGGUGCCGCUACCUGUGCUCCAUCGAUGAGAACGAUGGCUCGCCGCUGUUUGUAGUCCGGGUCAUCGAACCUGGCCACGAAGUACUGGUUUUCACGGAUUCUACACCCAAAGGUGUUUGGGAGAAGAUUUUGGAACCUGUCGCAAACUGCAGGAAAGGUUCGGAGAUUCUCAGGCUGUUCCCAGUGUACUUAAAAGGGGAGGAUUUCUUUGGGUUAACGGCCUCGGCUGUGACAAGGAUAGCAGAGUCUCUUCCUGGUGUGGAGGCCUGUGAGAAUUACACAUUCCGUUAUGGCCGAAAUCCACUAAUGGAGCUCCCCUUGGCGAUCAACCCCACCGGCUGCGCCCGCUCACAAUCCAAAAUGAACUCUCAUGUCAAGAGGUUUGUGUUAAGGCCUCACACAUUAAAUAGCACCAGCACUUCCAAGUCCUUUCAGAGCACAGUAAGCGGAGAGCUGAAUGCGCCGUACAGCAAGCAGUUUGUCCACUCCAAAUCUUCUCAGUACCGGAAAAUGAAGACUGAAUGGAAAUCUAAUGUAUAUCUGGCCCGAUCUCGCAUUCAGGGUCUGGGUUUAUUUGCUGCUAGAGAUAUUGAAAAGCACACAAUGGUCAUUGAAUACAUUGGAACAAUUAUACGCAAUGAAGUCGCCAAUAGAAAGGAGAAGCUUUACGAGUCACAGAAUCGGGGCGUUUACAUGUUCCGCAUUGAUAAUGAUCAUGUGAUUGAUGCAACGCUGACCGGGGGACCUGCAAGGUAUAUCAAUCAUUCAUGUGCACCUAACUGUGUGGCUGAAGUGGUGACCUUUGAGAAGGGCCACAGAAUUAUAAUCAGCUCCAAUCGCAGGAUACAGAAGGGCGAAGAGCUCUGUUAUGACUAUAAGUUUGAUUUUGAAGACGACCAGCACAAAAUUCCCUGCCACUGCGGUGCUGUAAACUGCCGCAAAUGGAUGAACUAAUGGCAUUCCUUCUCCUCCAACGUUUCUCUUGUCCCUAAUAUGUGAUGUGAAACACGCGGGUGAAAUACUAACUCAGUACUCGGGAGUAAGGAACCUGCUAACCGCCGCCUCCAACACAGGGAGGGAGGCCUCCGCGAGCAACAUGGCUGCCCUCCGUGCUGGAGCUUCCCAUUGGUCGGCCGCUUCUAGAGUCCAGCACUUCUCUGCUUUUCAGCUCACUGAAGAAACUCAUUUUUGCUGGGUUAUAGGGGGGAAAAAAGAUGGCGGGUGGGCUAAAUAGAUGAAUGUAAGACUGAAAUCACCAGCGAAGUGAGACGCCCAAGUGCUGGCCACGGCCUUAUCUGAAUAAAGGGGCAGGCCCUCUGAUAAAGAAAACAAAAACGUAGACACCACUGAACAAGGAAUGUACUGAAACGACUUCCUUAGGGAUAGAGCUAAGGGGAAAAAAAACAAAAAAAACAAAUAACUUGCACUAAAACACAUUUACAAAUACUUGAUUCCAUGAGUCAGUUUAUUGUAGUAGUUUUUUUUUUUUUUAUUUCUGUAAUAUAAGAGAAACUUUUUGUAUUUAUUAUUGGAUAACUGAAUGAAGCUAUUUUUUAAAAGAAAAAAAAAAAAAUUAGAAGAAAGCCAAGCUGCUGCUGUUACCCGCAGAAUUAACAGAAACCAUGUUACUUUGUACAGACGUGUAAAUAUUUUGCAAGUAUAAAAAAAAUUGUAUAAAAAUAAAAAAAAAAUUAAAAAAAAAAAAAUAGUGAUUGACCAAAUGCAGCCCAAAUCCCUGCAGCAGUUUUGGGUGCUACGACGUGACAUUUAGAUAGGGAUGUUACAAUAUGACCGCGUCCUUAACCGCCAUAUUGUUCUUUGGUAACGGAAAUAACCAAAACUUUCUACGAGAAGAAUAUUUUUGUUUAGACAGAAGAAACUGAAAUUUGUGUUUAAAAA